CCAACCGCAGUGGUGGAUCACUGUGCGCGCGGGAGACCAGAAACAGAAACCGUAGCACAAGCUGAUUACAGGGGCAACGGGGAGCACACAGUACUGCAACCGCCUGGAAGUCACACACAGACUCGGCAUGGACAACACUGCGCGUUCCCAUGGCACAAACGGAGACUAAAUACAGAGAAGACCUGAACCCACCUGUCAAUUGUUUUCCAGAGGAAGUUUAAAAACAGAGAAUUGUUAGAGAAUUUGGGACUGAAGAAGUUUGAAGAAGAAGGGAGCAACUUGAGAAAGGACCUUGGGAAACUUCCAGGUGGAAAUGAAGGAGUGACCACUGGUUAUCCCUCUCCCUCUUCGCCUCUUCUUCCCCCUCCAUGGGACGUGAGACCAGGAGGAUUGGGGGGCUGUCCCUGCUGGGACCCCUGCUGCUGGUGCUGCUCACCUGGGCAGCGACGCUCCCUUCGGCUCAGGGCCAGGAGGGGUCUGCCGACGGCCCGACUUACCUAAGCCCGACACACCUGAGCCCAAUGGACCUCAGUGUGGCGCCGGAGCAGCUGAGCACAGCGGAGCAAGAGCUGAGGGCCAUCGCAGACCCCACGGUGGAGGACCUGGGGAACAGCACGCAGAUGACCACCAGCAACUACACAGGCCUGAACUGUGUGUCCCUCCUGCCGCCCCGUAGGGGCUCCUUCUACGUGGAGCAGGGCACUGGGGUGUCGGUGGGUACCGUGCUGGCCUUCUGGUGCCGCGAGGGCUUCCAGCUGGUGGGCAGCGAGCGGCUCUCCUGUAUCCUGCGCUCUGGCGCCCCCAAGUGGAGCAACUACCAGCCUGUCUGUGAGGCCAUCCCUAAGCCAGAGGACCGUGGUCUGAGAGUGGCGGUGCUGGCCUCUGUGGUGAGCGGCAUCGUGAUCCUGGCCAUGUCCGUGUCCUUCAUCAUCUGCUGCCUGCAGGAGCGCACCAGCAAGGACGGGGGAUGCAAGGACACACGCAGCAGCAGCAGGAGGAGAGAUAAGCUUCGCCACUCAUCCCGGCGGAGUGACUGCUGGUUAGAGAGGGAUGACAGCGACUGCGAGGCAUUUCCCCCUCCCAAAAUCUUCCACCUGACCCCCCGCUACGAGCCACACUACCCCCCCAACAGCCCCCUCUACGUGGGGGGAAUUGCUGGCUACGACAACCGGGGCUACCUAAGGAGUCAGGAGAACCUUCUGAAAGCACCCCUGCCAGGUCUCUACCGCACCGAGAGCCAAAUGUACCCCCAUAUGGUGCUCCAGAGGGUACCCACCCCCACCGCCCCCACACCUUCUGCUCCAACUGCCCCCCUCUACCUCCACCUCCAGCCCCAGCCCACCGACAGCUCUGCUGCCCCCACACAAGUCCUGUCCCCCUACCACAAACCCUCCUACCACAGCCCCAACGGCACCCCCCAGAGGCUGUGGCAGUAACUACACACAGAGGGGCAUUUAGGACUCUCCGAGGACGCUGGGCGCACUACAGUAGGACGUCAUUGGAAGUACUUUAUCAUUAGGAGGACCACUGGACAUUGCAGGACAUUGCGUGGCCACUGGACACUGAAGAGGGAGUGUGUCAUGUUUAGUUCCUUGAGCUCUCGUUGAGGGAUAUAUUUAGGGGUAUUUUUUAUAGCGAGUGUUUAGGGGUGUCGUGGUGACAUGAUUACUUCCCAAGUUUCUCCUCCAGUUCAAGUGAUACGAUUUUUCCAGAUUUCCCAGAUUUUUCCUAUAUGGACGAGUUGGACAUGCAGUACGUAGCUGUAUAUUGAGAGUUUUAAAACAACACUAAAUGCUGAGAUUUACGAUUGUAGGGAAUUUUGUUCCCUUUUUUUAAAGUAAGCAGGUCACACAAAUUUUUUGGGAUGACACACAUUUUGUAGGACGUUUCCAGGUAGUGUUUGGAUAACUCCCGUAAGACGUCAACCGCCAGGAAGAGCUUUGAAUGUGAGGUGUCAGCCAGGGACGAACCUGAUCCAAACCACAUGGAGCCACCACCUGACACCCCUCCUGUGGUUUGAUCAUAACUCACACCAUCUCUUCUCACCUGUCAGAUCACAGAGACAACACGGAGACA